UGUAGACUCAAAUGCAAUAUGGUCGAGAGGUGCUUGACAUUCAAUUUCGAGGAGUCAACAAAGAUCUGUGAAUUAAACGACGCUGACCAUUCGUUACACGAAAACGACCUUCGAAAGGCUGAAGGUUUUGUCUAUGUGGACAUAAAGAGGCCAAAGAAAUCUGAAAUUGCAAGUACCAGUGUAAGUCCAACUGCAACCAAUUCAAGAACAAUCGCCAGUCCCAGUGCAACUCAAACCACUAGUACCAGUACUGCUCCAACCACUAGUACCAGUACUACUCCAACCACUCGUACCAGUACUACUCCAACUACCAGUACCAGUACUACUCCAACCACUAGUACCAGUACUGCUCCAACCACUCGUACCAGUACUACUCCAACUACCAGUACCAGUACUACUCCAACUACCAGUACCAGUACUACUCCAACCACUAGUUCCAGUACUACUCCAACUACCAGUACCAGUACUACACCAACCACUCGUACCAGUACUACUCCAACCACUAGUACCAGUACUACUCCAACUGCCAGUACCAGUACUACUCUAACCACUAGUAUCACUACUACUCCAACUACCAGUACCAGUACUACACCAACCACUAGUACCAGUACUACUCCAACCACUAGUACCAGUACUACUCCAAAUACCCUUACCAGUACUACUCCAACUACCAGUACCAGUACUACUCCGGCCACAAGCUCCAGUACUACUCCUCCAACUUUCAAGCCAGUUAAACUUAAGAAUUCCACUAUUCUCCGUGGCAACAACAAAUAUCUGAAGAAGCUGACCAGUUUUCUGAAACCCGUUCUUCAAGAUUCUAAUAGAAGUCGUUGGAUAAGAUGUUGGAGAGCUGCUACCGAUGGAUGGGAUGUGGAUUCAACAUUCCACCGCCAGUGUGACAACAAAGGACCGACAGUUACCAUUGUUCGUGUUAGUAGAUACAUCUUUGGUGGCUAUUCUGAUGUAUCAUGGGACAGUUCAAGCGGCUGGACGUACUCCAACAAUGCUUUCCUGUUCUCAAUGUACAAUACACGUGGCUACUAUCCUAUCAAGUUACCUCUUGUUAGAUAUCGACAGACUGCUAUAUAUAGAGAAAAGGGUCUGAGGCCAAAGAAAUCUGAAAUUGCAAGUACCAGUAUGAGUCAAACUGAAACCAGAACAGGAACAACCGCUAGUACCAGUGCUACUCUAACCAUUAGUACCAGUACUACUCCAACCACUAGUACCAGUGCUACUCUAACCAUUAGUACCAGUACUACUCCAACGACCAGUACCAGUACUACUCCAGCCACUAGUACCAGUACUACUCCAACGACCAGUACCAGUACUACUCCAACCACUAGUACCAGUACUACUCCAACGACCAGUACCAGUACUACUGCAAUGACCAGUACCAGUACUACUCCAACGACCAGUGCCAGUACUACUCCAACGACCAGUACCAGUACUACUCCAACCACUAGUACCAGUACUACUCCAACGACCAGUACCAGUACUACUGCAAUGACCAGUACCAGUACUACUCCAACGACCAGUGCCAGUACUACUCCAACGACCAGUACCAGUACUACUCCAACCACUAGUACCAGUACUACUCCAACGACCAGUACCUGA